AUGUCGGACGUCAUUACUUUCUACGACAUCCCCUCUAUCAAGGGCAUCAGUUGGUCGCCCAACACUUGGAAAACGAGGUUGGCGCUCAACUUCAAGGGUAUCCCGUACAAGACCGUCUGGGUUGAGUACCCUGACAUCGAGGCUCUCUCCAAGGAGAUCGGCGCUGCACCGACUGGCGUAAAGGGCGACGGCAGUCCCAGCUACACUCUUCCGGCCAUCUAUGACCCAAAGACUAAGAAGGCGAUCUCUGACUCGCAAAAUAUCGCCGAAUACCUAGAUGCCACUUACCCCUCGACACCCACGCUCUUCUCGGCAGGCACUCUCACCUUGCAGAUCGCCUUCCAGGAGGCCUUCACGACUGCAGCAUUGGGAAACCUUUUCGCGCCCUUGUUGCAGGAGAGUGGGUUCAUCCUGAACGAGAGGAGUGCUGUCUAUUUUAGGCAGACGAGAGAGGCAACGUACGGGAAGAAGCUGGAGGAGUUUUCGCCUUUGGGCGCUGUUCGAGACGAGCACUGGAAGAAGACUCAGGCCGGCUUCAGCACCGUCGCCGGGUGGAUCCAGAAGAGCGGAGGGCUGUAUGUGAUGGGGGACAAGGCGUCCUAUGCUGACUUGAGCAUCGCUGCGUGGGUUCUGUGGGUGAGGCAGGUUAGGGGAGCAAGCUCUGCUGACUAUCAGAAUAUCUUGACAUGGGAUAGCGGCUUCUGGGGGAAAUACUUGGCGGCAUUGGACAAGUACACGACUCCUGACGCAUGAGCGCUGUAGACCAUUAUUGUUGUAUUACUAUCAAAUCACGAUGCCAUCAUUCGCCAUGAUUUACAA